UGUUUAAUAAUUUUUUUUAACCAUUAACAAUUCUUUGAACAGGAUUUAUAAGCGUCGCAGAGCUCAGUCACAAUCAUAGCAAAACGAGAAGCAACACAACAUCAUCGCCUCCAUCAUCUUCCACCAUCAGCGUCAUGAAGACUCUCUGCCUGUCCGUAGGAAUGAUACUGAUCAUCGCCUGCUGCUGCGACGCCAUGUCUGACGGAGUACAGUACAACACAGGUCCAGUAACCUGUUGUGACCAAUUCAACAACAUGAGAGUGCCAAGAAAAAUGAUUGUGGACAUAACAAGGACCCACAGCUCCUGCAUGGCAAAAGGAUACAUAGUAGAGACUGCAAAGAGACGAUUAAUCUGCUUCAGACAGUCCACUACAUGGGUUGAGGAAGCUUACAAUCGAAUGAUCAACUCUGAAGGCAUCGACCUGCAACAAUGAGCAUCCUGGACUGUAUUUAUGUGAAAUACAUUAUGGAAAUGUCUGUUGUUUUUGGAAUGAAUAAGCUUUAAUUUGUUUUGUAUGUAAAUAAACUUCAACCAGUUAAUGCUCAGACAUUUUUGACCUCAUACAAUAAAGGACUAAAAAAUAUA